AUGGAGAAUGGUGGUGAAAUGAUCAAGAAAACUAAAGGUAGACAAAAGCGAGAGAUAAAGAGGAUUGAGAAUAAAAAAAAUUGUCAAAUCGCUUUUACAAAGAGAAAAGACGGUUUACUGAAAAAGGCGAAUGAAAUAAAAUCUUUAUGUGAUGCUGGUGUUGAUUUGAUCAUAUAUUCUUCAAGUGGAAAAGCCUAUUACUAUGGCGAUUCUUCAUUAAAGACAAUAAAAAUGGCUCUCUCAAACGAACAACAACCUCAAGGUAGUAAUCAGCUCCUUGGUUAUAUCAUGGAGGAAAUGUCUAGGAAGGACAUGCAGAAUCUCGUUAAAAAGAACGAUUCACUUGUGGAUCGAUUAAAUGCUGAGAAAGAACGAGCUGAAACUCUUUCUAACAUUUUAAAGACAAUUAAAACUGACAACAGCACCACCAACUGGUGGGAUAUGAUUGGUCAAAGUUGUGGCAAAAAUAAAGAGAUGGAAAAAAUUCUUGUAGCUCUCCAGCAGACUUUGAAAAAUCAAAUUUCACUCAAAAUUGUUGCAAAUCAGGCUACAGUUACGACUGCAGCUAAGAGUGUGGUACCUACAUUUUAUCGCAGUGAUCAAACCAUGAUUCAAGUUAAUUCUGGAGUUAUUGGACCAUACCCUACUCAUGGAAGUAUGAGUACUUUUUCCAACAUUGCCUUUGCUACUGGUGUCAACCCUUUUGACGCUACGAGAGGAUUUGGUAACCAGAAUACCCCUGUUUGGUAUCCAUCAUACCAACACCAACAAAGAUAUAAUGAUCUAUUUCUCUAUGAUGCAAGUAACAGGAAUGGUGUUGGGAGAAGCAGUGGCGGCGACGACACUGAAAAUUAUCUCUACCAUUCAAAUUAUAACUAUAACAAUGGUAGAGGCUUUUUUGGUUUUCCAUACCACAAUAAUCCUUUUAACAAUGGUUAUGGCCGCGGAGGAUUCUUCUAA